AUGAGCCCACUUUUCUUUGCAUUCUGCUAUUAUUUUCUUGUUGUUUUUCUGCAAUCUUGUGAGAUUAGGAAAACCAAAUUGUAUUACACUUAUGAUGGUGAUAGUGACAGUCUAACUGGUCAUUAUCAAAGAUCGACUUAUGACAGUGAUUCUGGAAAUGUUACGAUUCAAACGUGGAAUACGACAAUUGAAGGACCUUUGUUGAAACCGCCAACAACCACAACUACAACUACAACCGUCAAACCAACAACCAAAGUUGAUUGGACGAAAUUCAAUUGUCCGAACAACAAAUGGACACAAUUCAGUCGAACUACUUAUAAUUAUUGUUUUCAGGCGGUGUAUUCAAAAGAUAUCAGUCAAUCAAAUGCUGAAACUGAUUGUCAACGAUUGGGUGGAAAUCUAGCAGGUUUUCAAAAUUCCAAUGAGAGGCAAAGUGUUCAACGUAAGUGGUCAUGAUGAUGAUUAUUUCUCAAACUCAACGAAUUCAGAAAAUUUUUACAUCGAGCAUUCCCCUUUUGUUACCGUAUCCAAUUAUUUAUGGAUUGGACUCAAGACUUCCAGUUGUAUAAAUGUGAAUGAUCCGAGUAGUUAUACAUGGAUGGAUUCAUUGACAAAAGGAACUGAUGGAAUGAACUGGCCUGAAUCUCAACCUGAUUGUUCUGGGUAACAAAAAAAGUACAAAUGAAAACAUAAUUAUUAUUAUUUUCCACAGAUCUUGUGUUGUUCUCAAUGGCGGACAAUACUGGGGUUUAUUAUAUGCUUCUACGUGUGGAGCAGAUGCUCAUCCAAUAAUUGGAUAUAUUUGUGGACGUCGUGCAGGUCCUUAA